AUGCCAGAGGUGGCUGCUGUCACUGCCGGGGCUGAGAUGACGACCCUCGAGGCUUUGGCCCAGUGGCUUCAAGGCAGCUUGGGGUCUCGAUUGCAGCUAUCCGGCAUUUCAAAGAAGCGGCAGAGUCGCAGCGGAAAAGCUGACCUGGCGAGGAAGUCUGCCAAUGCUGCCGAGGGCUGUUGCGGCGAAUUUGGGGCACACUUUGGUGGGCUGUGCUGCUUCUGCCUCAGAAAAGGAACCUGCACGGCGGACACAGUGCGUCGCGCUCUGCUGCGAACAGGCUCUGCCGCCCAUUCCCGCGCUGGAGAGCCGAGUCCUGUCUGUUGCUACGGGGCUCCGAUGCUCGACUUUGGGUCCGAAGAGUGGCAGCCAUUGUACCGCGACUGGUGCGACGGUAUGUCCUUCAAUGCCCUGAUAAAGGGCGCUUCCUUCUACGAAGGGCCCGCCUUGGUCCUGAUCCGAACGCCUGACUCGAUUCUCGGAGCCCUAUCAACGUCCUGGGUCGAGGGAAAUGGCAAGUUCGGCGGGUCCAUGGAGAGCUUCUUGUUUGCACUGCAGCCUGCCUUCGUCCAGUGCAAAAGCUCAAGCCGGACCGGGAAUUAUGUGUAUUUCAACUCGCGGAACAAGCACUAUCCUCGAGGGCUCGGCUUUGGCGGACAGCUGGGGUUCUGCAGGCUGUGGCUGGAUGCAGACUUUGAGGAUUGCUAUGUCCUUGAAUCCGACGCGACUUACGGACCUGGAAGGCUGCUUCCCUCACAGGGAGGCCUUCAAACUCGCUUCGACGUCGUCAACGUCGAGGUGUGGGGAUGCGGAGGCCUCGAGGCUGCCAAAGCACAGGCUGCACAACGUGAACGCCUGGAAUCUGCACGGGAGCAGGCUCGCAAGGUGGACAAAGCCCGGCUUUGCGACAACGAGUUCGACAAAGAAAUGUUCCUGGCCAACACGUUUUCUGCAACCGCGGAUUCACGGGAGCCGAACCCCAAGGAGGCACCUUGCAUGUCUCGAAGAUAUCCACCUGUGCCCAAGAAGUUCAUGGCGCAGCACUGUCCUGCAAGGAGGAACCUGGCACAGCGUCUUGAUGAAGGGAUCGACGUGCCCUAA